ACUUCAUUCUCUCACACAGGAAGGGAGGAAGGGGUGGAACCAACCAUUCCCUCCUCCUUUUCUCCCUCCUGCUACUCUAAAGGCCAGGCCACCAGGACCUCGAGAUCCACCAGCCCAGGACCUGCACAGCCAGGUCUGCGGUGUCACUCCCCGGGACUCCGUGCAGCAGGGGACACGGCUGUGCGGGAGGCUGCUGGUCCAGAUCAUGUCUCCACCCACGCCAGCCUCUGAGCUUCCAGGCUUCAUCCUCCCCCAUCCAUGGCUGACCCGGGCCCAUCACUCCAUGGUGUCCUUGACAUUCUAGGAGCCUUGGAAAGGGACAGGCUGGCCUGCCUGAAACACAAGCUAGGGAGCCUACAUCCUGGCAGCCAGGAGUCCAAGCUUCUCCGCGCCAUGGUACUCUUGGCUCUGGGACAGGACACGGAGGCCAGGAUCUUUCUGGAGUCCCUGAAGGCGGACACAGUGGCCCAGCUGGUAGCCCACCGGUGGGCAGGCUCGGAAAGCACAGAGGACCCCGAGGAGCCUCCAGACUUGUCCUGGACAGUGGCUCGCCUGUACCACCUGCUGGCUGAGGAGAACCUGUGUCCAGCCUCCACAAGGGACGUGGCUUACCAGGUGGCUCUUCGUGACCUUGCCUCCCUGGGUGACCGCCAACUGGGCCAACUCCGGAACGAGGCCUGGGCUCGCUGCAGUUCAGCUAUCAUGGGGGACCCCGGUGGCUUCCAGCCACUCCAUUCUGAUCAAGGCUCCCUGCCCCCACCUUCAGCAGCUCAUUCAGUAACCAGGAGCCAGCCUCGUCCCAUUGACACGUCAGACUGGAGCCGGGGACGGUCUCUGCAUUCUGCAGGCAGUGUCGCCUCACUGGCCAGCCACCUCGAGAUCAGCCAGUCACCCACUCUCCUCUUCCUCUCUCCACACCGUGGGUCCCAGGGGCGCAGCAAGCUGUGUGACACAGCCCUGGGCACGCCGGAGGCUCAGCUUGCCCCCGCAGGCUGCCAGGAACCUGAGGAGGUGAGCUGGCCCUCCUCGGUGGAGACUAGUGCCUCCUUAGGGUCACCACCCAGAACAGGGGUUCCAGGGAUGUCUCCAGAGGUGGCUUCGGCCAUCCCCCCUGAUUCCCCGGCUGCUCCAGACAUGGGUGUCCACAGCCCCAUUGAAUGCUCGGAGGCGUCUGCAGACUCGGAGUCUCCCGUGACAUCCACCACGGAGGGUGUUAGGACACAGUCUAUCUCAAGUCAGAAGACACCUCAGGUUUCUGCGGGAGAUGAUGCUCCGCAGAAUGCCACAGCCAGCCCCCCUGCCCAGCCCCCAGCCCCACAAGCCUCCCCUAUGCUGUCUCCUUCCCCUCCGUCCUCCACGUCCUCCUCCAGCAGCUGCCCUGCCCCACCAGCCUCCACAGCCCCUGUUCUGGGCCACUCUGAAACAUCUGAGCAGAAAUUCUAUAACUUCGUGGUUAUCCACUCCAGAGAUGAUGAACACGUGGCCCUACGGAUCCGGGAGAAACUGGAGACCCUUGGUGUGCCUGAUGGGGCCACCUUCUGUGAAGAGUUUCAGGUGCCUGGACGUGGGGAGCUGCACUGUCUCCAAGAUGCCAUUGACCACUCGGGGUUCAUGAUCCUGCUCCUGACUGCCAGCUUCGACUGUCGCCUCAGCCUGCACCAAGUCAACCACACUCUCAUGAACAGCCUCACGCAGUUGGGAAGGCAGGACUGCGUGAUCCCCCUCCUCCCGAUCGAGUGCUCCAGGGCCCAGCUCAGCCCCAACACCACCAGCCUGCUCCACAGCCUCGUGUGGCUGGAUGAACACUCUCCAAUCUUUGCCAGGAAGGUGGCGAACACCUUCAAACCACAGAAGCUCCAGGCGCACUGGGUACGCUGGAAGAAAGAGCAGGAGGCCAGAGCCCUCAAGGAGCAGAGGACACAGCUAGAGGCUGAGCGGCGAAGAGUGGCCGCCACUUCUGCCGCCUACACAGCCUACUUCCACAGUUACAAGGCCUGGCAAGAGGAGAUGAAUAGACUAGGGGUGACCUUCGGGAAGGACUUGUCACUUGGGGCCCCCACACCCUUCCCCAGUUGGCCAGGUUGUUCACAGCCAAUACCUUCAUAUCCACAGCAGGGUGGGACCCCAGUUUUCCCCAAUUUCCUGCAGCCUCCAUCUUUCCCACAGCCUCCGUCUUUCCCGCAGCCUCCAUCUUUCCCGCAGCCCACGUCUUUCCCACAACCUGCAUCUUUCCCGCAGCCUCCAUCUUUCCCGCAGCCCACGUCUUUCCCGCAGCCUCCAUCUUUACAGCAGUCUCCAUCUUUCCCGCAGCCUCCAUCUUCCCCAAGUUCCCAAUCCUUCCCGGCAACUUUCUCCCCAGGCCCCCAGACCCCAGGACCUCAGCCGCUCAUAAUUCACCAUGCCCAGAUGGUUCAGCUGGGGGUCAACAACCACAUGUGGGGCCAGACAGGGGCGCAGUCGUCCACUGACAAGCCCGAGUGUUUGGAGGAGCUCUGCCCGGGCCUUCUGAGUGACCAGGGGGCACCCCUUCACGAGACUCCAGAGUGACCACACUGGAGCCCACCUGGAUCCCUAAAGUGACCAGCUUGGUCCCCGCUUCCACUGCUGAAGUGGCUAGGUUGGAAUUCACUGGGGAAGGGGGACCUCGCCUAGGCCCCACAGUAGCCGUGAACUGGAUGCAGCUUGGUACCCGAGGCAGGGAAGAUGCCACCUGUAAAUCAGGGCCUGGGAAACAUGCACCCCCACUGAACACUGGACAGAACUCUGUGGGACCCCAACCUGCAUUCCCUAGGUGGACAGCGGAUGGUGGGGCCGUAGGCUCCUCUGAGGCGCUGACCACAGGGUCUCUCUGGGGAGGAUGUGCCCCAGCAGCACAUGGAGAAGGUCCUGUUUUUAUAGUAACAAAGUUAUUGUGUCACAAGCCAGCGGCCCCGCCUCCACCACCCUCAGCAAAAAAAGGACACUAGCUCCGCCAUAAGUGGAAUCAGAAGGGAGGCUUGCCAGCCCGGUCCUUCAGUAGCAGGAACCGGAAAUGAUGUAAAUAUAUUCUCAUCCCAUUGGUGAGUUUAGGCCACGUGGCCUUCUGCUGCUUCAAGACACGAAGGGAAAUGUAGUCCUUUAAAGGGGACAGCGGCGCUAUCUCAGGAACUCUUGUGAUGUCAGGGAAGGAGGAGACAGACACCAGGGAGUUUGUAGCGGUUUUGUUUCUGUGGGUUUAUUUAUGUCCUGCAUUUGUGCCAGGGCAUGGGGGGAGGGUCAGAGGACAAUUUACAAGCGCUGGUCCUCUUCCUCCAUGCCAGUCCUCCCCCAGACACUGCCCUUAUAUAUUAAAAAAUGUUUUCCACAUUUGUUCUGGCA